AAACAAUAACGAUCGUAGUUUGAGGGAUGUGUGUCAAAUAUUUGUAUGUUUAAAUUUGAGAAACAUAAGUUGAAGCGUUGCUAUGAAUUCGAAAACUGAUGUGAAUCGGAGAGUAUUUGCUAUUAAAGCUAAAAAGAAACGCCCGAAACCUGGCAAAAGAAAAGGAAAAAAUGAAAGAGAUGGAAGAGCAUACUCAAAUAAAGUAGAACCAUCUCAUUCGUCUUCAAACGAAACUAUAGAAGAUGAGGAUGAUUAUUUCAGCUCCGACGAUGAUGAGCAGGAGGAUCCUGCAGAUUAUUGCAAAGGUGGUUACCAUCCAGUCAAAAUAGGUGAUUUGUUUAACGGAAGAUAUCGUGUCACACGAAAGUUAGGUUGGGGUCAUUUUUCAACUGUAUGGCUUUGUUGGGAUCUGUAUGACAAGAAAUUUGUGGCACUGAAAGUUGUGAAGAGUGCUUCACAUUUUACGGAGACUGCCUUAGAUGAAAUAAAACUGUUGAAAGUCGUGCGGGAAAGUGAUGUUAACGAUCCUAAACGAAACAAAACAGUACAACUCUUGGACGAUUUUAAAAUAAGCGGUGUUAAUGGAACACACGUGUGUAUGGUAUUCGAAGUUCUUGGUCAUAAUCUGUUAAAAUUAAUCAUCAGAAGUAACUACCAUGGCAUUCCAACAGAGAAUGUAAAAUCUAUUAUUCGACAAGUAUUAGAAGGUUUGGACUACUUACAUACCAAAUGUAAAAUUAUUCAUACUGAUAUAAAACCUGAAAACGUUUUGGUAUGUGUAGACGAAAAUUAUAUUAGGAGACUUGCCUGCGAGGCUACAGAACUUCAUACAAUGGGCCUUAAACUGCCUGUAUCAUUAGUCAGCACUGCACCAAGGGAGGAACCGGAUCCAAAUGUAAAAAUGUCAAAAAAUAAGAAGAAGAAAUUAAAAAAGAAAGCAAAGCGCCAGACUGAACUGCUGAGAAAGCAAAUGGAACAGAUCGAAGAGACUGAAGAACAGAAGAGGAGAGAGAUGGCACUGGAACUGGAGUGCCAGUCACCAGAAGAUAAUAGAGAAUCUGCUGAAACUCAGUCUGAGGUGUUUGAUGAGGUGCAUGAUGAAGAUGAUGAUGAUGAUGCCAGCUCAAAGGUAAUAGACACAGCAUAUCAAAAUGGGAUAGAUAAAAAAGAACACAGCAAGUCAAUGGGAGAUGGUGCUGCAGAAGAGACCUCAAGUUCUGAUUCUCAGAAGCUGUGUAACUCAGAAAAAUGUGAUGAAGGAGCUGGUGAGAGUGGAACAUGUCCUGUUAAUAAAACAACAAGAAAGAAAGAAACAAAAUCUGUUACUGGCAGACCAUCCCGCCAAUCUUCUGGGUAUACAUCAUUUAGUCAUGAUGCAAAACCUGAACUGGACCCAGCAUUUGUGGUGUGUGAUAUUGAAGUAAAGAUAGCAGAUUUAGGAAAUGCUUGCUGGACUUACCGUCAUUUCACCGAGGACAUACAAACACGCCAGUAUCGUUCAUUGGAGGUCCUUCUGGGAGCUGGAUAUGGCACGUCUGCAGAUAUCUGGAGCACAGCAUGCAUGGCAUUUGAACUUGCUACAGGGGAUUAUCUCUUUGAGCCACAUUCAGGGGAAGACUAUUCUCGUGAUGAAGAUCAUUUGGCUCAUAUUAUUGAACUUUUGGGUGAAAUACCUCGAAGGAUAGCUAUGUCUGGCAAACAUUCCCGCCAGUUCUUUAAUAAAAAAUGUGAUUUGCGCCGAAUCUCUGGUUUGAAACCGUGGGGACUUUUUGAAGUCUUAACUGAAAAAUACGAUUGGGACCCAAAGGAAGCAAGAGAAUUCACAGCUUUUCUUCGCCCUAUGCUGGACUUUGAUCCAGAACGUCGUGCAACUGCUGCAGAAUGCUUGAAACAUCCCUGGCUAAAUUAGUUUAACUCUCCGAUUCGUUAGACAUAUAGCUCCAAAGACAAUCUUAAAAAUGUUUAGUGACGACAUAGUAGCUAAUUUAAAACUUGACUGGAUCUUUUUACCUUGAUAUUAAUUUCAGCAAUUUUACUCUUUUGUGUUUCCUUCUGUAAAUGUACAAGUAUACAGAGAAGCAAAAACUUUCACCUUUUUUUAUGUAUAUUUAAUCAUUCUUUCGAAGUGUUGUGUUUUUAAAUGUGUGCAAGUGAUGCUGAAUACCUGUGCAGAAAGUUUAUACUUCAUUAGACAUUUUGGAAGUACCGGUAUGCAUUGUGAACUUGAGUUUUUCCAAGCUUACCUUAGAACUGGAAAGAAAGCGAUCGCCGAUUAACAUCUUUUAGAUAUUGUGAUCACCAUGUCUAACAUACGCAUUGGUGUCUUGGGAGCAGGCGUGGUAGGUGUGACAACUGCUUUGGAACUACAAAAGGAAUAUCCUUCAGCUUCUCUAACUAUUAUUGCUGACAAAUUUGGUCAGGAAACUACAAGUGAUGGUGCUGCUGGCAUGUUUAGACCAGCCUCUAGUUUCUGUGGUCCUACUGAAGAUAUUAGCAGGCAGUGGAUCAAUGACUCCUACUACUACUACGAAGAUAUCAGAAAAUCAGCUGAAGCAGCACAUGCUGGUGUAAUCCAGAUAUCAGGGUACAUACUUUCAAGUAUCAACGAAGAUAUUGUUCAGAAUCACUACCUGGAAAAACUUUUGCCUCUAUUCAGAAGAGCAACAGAAGAAGAACUCUCUUUGUACCCAGGAAACUGGAAGUAUGGAACCUUUUACACAACGCUUGUGACGGAGUGUCGAAAGUUCUUGCCUUGGGGGAUGCACAGGUUUGAGGAAGCUGGUGGACAAGUCAAAAACAAACUUCUUAGCAGCUUUAAUGAUGUUUCUGGUGACUUUGAUAUUGUUGUUAACUGCCUUGGUUUGGGAGCAAAAUAUUUGUGCUCUGACCGUAUUAUGGUACCCAUCAGAGGCCAGGUUCUCAAGGUGAAUGCACCAUGGAUAAAAACUUUUCUCCAUGGUGAUUUUGAUACUUACAUAAUACCUGGUAUAGAGGCUGUAACCCUUGGUGGUUGUCGAAAUUACGAGAGUUAUGAUUUGCGAGUGAACCGUUACGAUACAUCGUCUAUUUUAGAACGAUGCACUGCUCUUGUCCCAAGUCUCAAGAAAGCUUCUAUUAUCAGAGAAUGGGUUGGACUGAGACCACAUCGCAGUCCAGUUCGAGUGGAGGCUGAAAACAUAAAUGGCCUGAAGGUUGUUCAUAACUACGGUCAUGGUGGUUAUGGAGUUACAUCAGCACCUGGAACAGCAAAGCAUGCGGUUCAGCUUGUGAAAGAAAUGCAUUCUGCACGCAGCAAAUUAUAAGAGCUUGUUAUUAAGAGGAGGAGAUGUUGUUCCUGAUCACAUUUACACAUACUUGCCACUCCACAAGACAUUGACUGUAACACAUAACAUCUUAAUACUGUUUAGCUUAAGAAAAACUCAAAGUUUACAAUGUACAGAAAUAAAAAAGUUCUUAUGA